CAGACUUGUUAGUGUGCUAUAAUUGAGGAUAUAUAAAUCCCUUUAAUUUGAUGGAAAUACAUACAAUUUACGAGUGAACUUCUAACCGUGCGAGUGACGACACCAGAACGACAUGUAUGUUUCAGUUUUUGAACAGUUAAAGGGUGAUUUAAACAGACCUCUGGGAUUAAACAGGGUCCAUAGAAAGCUGUAGGAUUUACAAACUGAGCUGAUCAUGAGAAUCAUGGAGGUAUCUCUUCUCGUGCUAUUGUUUUCGUUGAUUCCACAUUGUGAGGCAGCUUUCAGCUAUGCUCUUGAAAACAACCUUAGAACCCAGCUCUUCACAACCAACAGCUAUAACAGGUUUACUCGACCAUUGGCCCAGGUCCCCAUUUCGGCCAAACUCAGUCUGUUGACCCUCACAUCACUGAGUAUUAAAGAUCAGUCGAUGUUAGUGGCUGGGUAUUUCACGUUUACAUGGUCCGACAAUCGACUGAACUGGACUGCUGAUGCUACUUAUAACGCCGAUAUCAUAGCAUUUUAUACCACUCAAGACUAUGUCUGGAUACCGUCACUCGCCGUUACAAACUCGAUAAGCGACAUAGCUGUAAUCAGUGACAAUACCUUCAUUAUUCGGGUAGCUAUGGACGGCACGCUGACAUGGACACCAGGUGGCAUCUACGAAACUUCGUGUACAACGGAUGUGACGUAUUACCCAUUUGACACACAAACGUGCAGCCUGACUUUAACUACUUGGGGAUACACAAACGUAGAGAUCGGUUUGUCAGGAUCUGAAGUGGACAUUACUUACUACGAAGCAAACGGAGAAUGGGAUUAUUCGUCAUACGCCAUUACCUCCACCACGAGGUUACAUGGUGGCAACUCAUUGCCUCAGGUUAACUUCAAUUUGACGUUCAAGCGUCGCCCCACCUUCCAGGUCAUGAAUACAAUUGUUCCUAUGAUUUUGUUGGCUUCUCUAAGUUGCUUUGUGUUUCAACUUCCACCGGAUUCAGGGGAAAAGAUGGGAUAUUCUCUAACAACGCUUCUUGCAUUUGCUGUUUACCUCACAUUAGUUUCUGCCAACAUCCCAACAACUUCUAUCAAUACAGCAUGCCUCUCCGUGUACUUAAUCAUCAUGCUUGCCUGGGGUGUAAUGGCAGUGAUUUUAACAAUUUACGUUCUCAAGUGUCACCACAGUCCUCCGGAAAAGCCAAUCCCAAAUUAUCUCAGAAAAUUUUGUUUUGUGGCGGCAAAACUAGGAUGUUUCCACAACUCCUGCUUUAACCGAAAGAACGCCGUAGGAAAACUUGAGAAAGGCGAGGAAGCAGGAGAAGUGAACAAGACUCAAAUUGAACUGGAACCGGAACUUACCUGGCCGGAAGUGACGAUGAUUUUGGAUAAUUUCUUCUUUAAGUGGUAUGCUCUGGUUUUAGGUUCAGUUACUUUGUGUGUCCUUUUAACACUGAUGAUUAGUUAUUACACAUAGGCCACUUGAUCUAAAUGCUCAAAUGACAUUUACUGAUGGGCGAGUGUCCGUUCUUCACUCUCUAGUACUUCUCUGAAAAUUUGAGAAUUAUGUACAUGCGAGUACAAAGAGCAAAGGAACUUCAUAGACCUCUUGUAUGACUGUAUGUUGAAUUCUAUACAUAGCUUAGAGAGCAGAAAUUAUAUCGAAACGUGCAACUUAUAUGAAACAUCUUUGAUUAGUAUGGAAUAUUCAAAAUUGUUCAUGUACACGGUGAAAGGGAUAUUAAAAUGGCAACCUCUUAA